UGGAUUAAACAGUUAUAACUGAUUAUUUGCUUAUGGCUAGCAUACAUCAAGAUAAUUUCUGAAUUUAUUUCAAAAUCAUCAGAAUGCUACUUUCUGUUUACAAAACGAAAACGGAAGUAGAAUGCAGCUUUAGGAUCGACGUGGAGUUAUAAUUGUAGGUCAGUUUUAGGCGAAGAGCCAAACUAAGAGCCAUGGCGAUAUAGAAUUAUUUAAAAAUUGAAUUUGUAUAUUAUUCCUCUCGACGUCUGAUAAGUUCGCCGUCUGAUCUGCAAGAUCCUGAUGAUGGCGGAUCCGGAAAGAUACACCAUUUACUCAGAGGCAGCAAAAAGACUCUCUGUGUCAAUAGUAAACAAAACGUUCAGUAUGGAAGGUUAUGGUGAUAUUCGUUGGGCACAUUUUAAUAAAAACAUUUUGCCAUUCAAAGAUUACUUGGGAUUUGAUGUUCUUAAAUCGGCUGAUGGAAAAGAUACACACAUGAAUGUAUCAUACUCUGGUUUGCAACGCCUCAUUCACAAAGUGAAACCCGAGCUGAAAAAUCAUGUUGACUGCUGCCUUGCUGUUUCAAUCAGUUCUCAUGGAAAGAUUGAAGAAAAAGAUGGAAAGAUCAGCCAUUUCCUGUUAUGCAGUAAACCUAAAGAUGAUGACCAAGAAAAGACAGAACGAUGGUUCUGCACGAAUGAGCUUGUGAUGCAGUUCAGGGAAUUUUUUAAAGGUCCUAUGAUAGUUUUUAUCCAGGCUUGUAGAGGAGAACAGGACGAUAUUGGCACUUCAGUAUUCGUACAUCAGAUUGAACAACAGGUACCGCAGGCUCAAGAUCCUGAAUCUGGAAUAGGAUCAAUGACAUUAACUGAUGAAGAUAGAUACAGAUCAGAGUCUGACUCUGUAACCAAUCAAGGCUCUGGGGCAGAAUCUUCCCUACCAGCCUCAGGUGACACUUCUGCAAACAGUACAUCAACAACGAUGGACGAUGACCAGUUAUCACAUGAGUUUGCUCCAAUGUGUCCUCCUGAUUGUGUUGUUGCUUUUGCAAGUGCACAUGAAUAUACAAGUAAAUGUAGUAACAAAACGGGUGGUUGGUUGCUGCAUUCCUUCAAUUCAGCUGUUGAGGAAUUAGAAGAGAAUGGGGAGCUUAGUAUUCUUUCUCUCCUUACCAAGGCUAACAAUCCUGUGUCGGGAAUGGCAGGAAUGGAAGGUCAAAGAGAGGAAGGUGAGAAGUGCAUAGGAAGCUUUCAGCAUAAACUUGUGAAAGAGUUAAUUCUGAAACGUGUUGCAAAAGAAAGAGAUGACGCAGACGAUGAAGUGGAAAAUUUGUAGCAGACAUGUUGUAGAGGGAACUAUUUCCAGCAAAAGUAAAAACUCAUAUUACAAUGUACUAGCGUGCAGGUCAGCAUAUAGUGCUACGGACAUAAUGAACUCAUAUUACAAUGUACUAGCGUGCAGGUCAGCAUAUAGUGCUACGGACAUAAUGAACUCAUAUUACAAUGUACUAGCGUGCAGGUCAGCAUAUAGUGCUACGGACAUAAUGAACUCAUAUUACAAUGUACUAGCGUGCAGGUCAGCAUAUAGUGCUACGGACAUAAUGAACUCAUAUUACAAUGUACUAGCGUGCAGGUCAGCAUAUAGUGCUACGGACAUAAUGAACUCAUAUUACAAUGUACUAGCGUGCAGGUCAGCAUAUAGUGCUACGGACAUAAUGAACUCAUAUUACAAUGUACUAGCGUGCAGGUCAGCAUAUAGUGCUACGGACAUAAUGAACUCAUAUUACAAUGUACUAGCGUGCAGGUCAGCAUAUAGUGCUACGGACAUAAUGAACUCAUAUUACAAUGUACUAGCGUGCAGGUCAGCAUAUAGUGCUACGGACAUAAUGAACUCAUAUUACAAUGUACUAGCGUGCAGGUCAGCAUAUAGUGCUACGGACAUAAUGAACUCAUAUUACAAUGUACUAGCGUGCAGGUCAGCAUAUAGUGCUACGGACAUAAUGAACUCAUAUUACAAUGUACUAGCGUGCAGGUCAGCAUAUAGUGCUACGGACAUAAUGAACUCAUAUUACAAUGUACUAGCGUGCAGGUCAGCAUAUAGUGCUACGGACAUAAUGAACUCAUAUUACAAUGUGCUAGCGUGCAGGUCAGCAUGUAGUGCUACGGACAUAAUGAACUCAUACCUCACUGGUGUAGUUACGUUGUAAAUGGCCUGUAGAAAACCAUCAAUGAUUCUUUAACUCAUUCACCCCUGAAGACACAUUUGAACUCUUCCGAUUCAAAGGUUGGAAUAGUUCAAUAUGAAAUUGCAGGGGUGAAUGAGUUCAGUGUUUUUUGGUAUUGUAAACAACAUCAACAACCAGAGUAUCGAUCGGACAAAGACAAAAACUGGUGAUAAAUGUGCUUCCAGCCAUGACACUGUGAUAGUUUGAUACAAACUUCAAACCAAGGAUGUUACUGUUUACACAAGGUAGAGUGCUAGUAACGGAAAUAUUGUAAACCUGAUUUUGUGACAUACUGUUUAAAUUUGCAUUAUUAUAUUUGUAUGUGGUUAUUCAUAGUAAGUAAAUGUGCCAAGUCUCUUAUUUUUUUUGGAACCCCUCUGUAAGCUUUUCUUGGUUUUUGGAUCAGCAAGCUUUUGUUUUCAAUUAGAUGUUAUAUAAUGUCCCCUUUGACUGUGGAUUGGAGCACAUAGAAAUGUCCUUCAGUUUACAUCAUAUUCAAUUCCAGUUCUAAAAUUGAAAGUUUGUGGGUAAGAGUCGAUUAAUUUUAAUGAGUAAUGUUUUACCAACAAACAAGCAUUAUGAUGUUAUUAGAUAUAUUUCCUGUGAUGGGUUGUUGUUACAUGUAAUUGUAAAAAUGAUACAAAAUCUGCAUAUCAAUAAAAAAAUGUCUCCACCUCGGUAAAAAUAUGCUCAUUACCUGACAAACAUCGUUAUUAAGUUAUUCAAGAGUAUCUUUCAUAAUGGAAUAGUUUAAGCAAAUAUUUUUCUGUAAUUCAAACAUUAACUUCUGUUUCCUACGCAUAUUCAGAACUAAUUUCAUGUAUGUAAAGUCAUCAUACCAGAGGCUUUUGCAAUUUGUGUAAGAUAAUGUAGGAACAGCUUCAAUGUAUUCUUGUCAUUCAUGGGUGACUGUCUUUUAUUUAAGAAAUUAUCAAGGAUAUUAAGUAGUUGACGACUUGAGAUUUAAGUUUUAUGAUACAUGGAGGUAUGAAGGUACCUCUUCAAGGUAAGAGGUAAUUUAUCGGACACUUCGGAAUAUUUUUAUUUUGUAAUUUUGGUAAAUUUCUUAAAUCAUCAUUUUUGAAAAUAUUUAUCCAACAAUACGUUAGAUAUUGUUCUGAUCGUGAAUUUAUUUCCCAAUAGUUUAAUAAAUUUGUCCUUAACGUGUACAUGUUACAUUGGCUAAACUAAUUACUUCCCACCACAGUAAAUAUAUACAAUAUAUCCUCCAGCUAUUUUUGAAUAACGUUUUAACAUUGUUCCAGCAUAAAUCACCUCUUUACAUAUUGCUCCUGCCGAGUAUCAUGUCUGAAAAUUUCUACUGAAACUGACGAACUCUGGUACAAUGUACUACGCGCUGCUCAGUAUCUUGUAAAUGACAGAUAUUUUGUUUGAGGACCCCUAGCUGUUCUACUGCAGGCAAAACACUAGAUAAUUAGGUUAUGAUUUCUCAUAUAUAUAUAUUGACCUCUUAAUUUCACUUUGGAUAACACUGUAGUCACUUUUGUCUUCCCGUUUACUUCCGUCUUCCAUCAUGUUGUCGGGUAUUGUAUUCUAUCUACACGUACAUGUAUCAAAUAAAUGAUUUUAAUACACUUCAUACUAGUUUUAAACAUGGAAUAUAAUUUAUAUAUUUACUAACAUAUUUUGUAUACUCAUUUCACAGUGAUAUUUUAUUAAAUAUGUAUAUUCUAACGAAUCAGAAAGUAUCGCACGAGAGAAUAUAUGCGUCUGCGCAAUAAAUGAGUGCUUUCAGAUUCGUUAGAAAAACACAAGUGUGUGGUUUUUCUUUUAUCACAUACCUUCCGUA